AUGAACAGGGCGGACUUCCUCGGCUUAUCGAGCCAAGAACCACAUCGCGUGGUAUCUUUCCCCGCCUCGCAGUCGUUGCACGCGUCUACCGCGUCGGCCACUGCCAUCUCCACGGGUCUUGCGCGCCUAGACGAGGCGCUGUGUCCGUCGUCGCCCGAUGACUUUCCAGGUCUUGCAGGCAAAGAUUCCAAGGGAAUAUCCCAAGGCCAUGUCACGGAAGUAUUCGGGCCUCCAGGGGUCGGGAAGACCUCUCUCGCCCUCAGCAUCGCAUCAAAUGCGCUCCGGACCGGAGGAAAGGUCGUCUGGAUUGACACGGGCUCUCCCCUCCCCAAACCCCGACUCAAGGACUUCCUAAGCUCACGCACUUCCUCUAACCCCUCUUCCUCUUCCCCAUAUCCAUCUCCCUGUAACACUGACUCCAUCCCCGACCUCUCCCAAAACCUCCUGUACAUCCACGCCCGCACCCUGCCCCAUCUCCUCUCCCUCCUCCACCGCCCUCCAUCCUCCUUCCCACCCCCCAACACAACCCUCCUAGUCAUUGACUCUAUCUCCGCUCCCUUUCAACCCUACUAUCCCGCCCCAUCAGACCUGAAAGCCCGCCUCUCAACCACCCGCAUCGACAAAUCCCAACAAUCCUGGCUCGUCAACCGUAAAUGGAACGUCACCAGCGAUCUCGCAGCCCAAUUGUCCAGACUCGCUACGACGAACCACAUGGCCGUCCUGGCGCUGAAUCAGACGCACACGCGCAUCAGGGGCCUGCCACAAGCCACCCUGACCCCCGUAGUGGCGGGCGGGGGUUGGGAAACGGCCGUGUUUGCCCGCGUGGGGCUGUAUCGGGAUUUUGUGCGCGAGGGCAGCCAGUACCAGGGUCGGUAUUCUGGGGGCGAAGAGGAGGGAGAGAGGCAGAGGAGUAGGUUGAGGAGGGUACGGUUUGCGGAGGUGAUGAAGCGGAAUGGGAAGGCUGUGAUGGUGAGGAGGGAGGAGGAUACGGUGGUACCGUUUUUGAUUGAGCUGGACGGACUUCAUGCGCUUGAUGAGCCUGGCCCCAGUCCUUCUUAUCUAGUGACGACGGCGCAGAACCCCGACGAGGCUCCAAAGCUCAUUUCGGGCCCAGACGUAGGGCCAACACAAGCACUAGAAUCAGAAGCAGGGGAGGAACCAGAAGUGGGGCAGAAUCCAGAGCAUAAUCCAGAGCAGGAACUAGAGCAGGAACCAGAGCAAGAACAAACCCUCCAUGACGGAGGCCAAGAAGAACCCAGCGAACCCCUAGACGCUACAACCCGAAAACGAAAAGUCGAUGAGAUCGCAGACAGCCAGGACGAAGACUCGGACGGGGAGUUUGGGUGGAACGAAGACGACGAUGUAGGUUUGUUAGAAAGAGAAUAA